GGCCUCUCUUCUGAGAUAUAUCUGUCCACCGCAGCCUCGCGCACGAGCGCAGCUAGGGUUUUCGGCUCCGAUCUUGCGCCGCCGCCAGGACUCUCGGACGGACGGACGGAGGAGGAAGCUACAGCUCCCCAGUCAUGGUGAACGUUCCGAAGACCAAGAAGACCUACUGCAAGAACAAGGAGUGCAGGAAGCACACCCUGCACAAGGUUACCCAAUACAAGAAAGGAAAGGAUAGCCUUUCAGCACAAGGGAAGCGUCGUUAUGACCGCAAACAGUCAGGAUAUGGUGGUCAGACAAAGCCUGUUUUCCACAAGAAGGCCAAGACAACUAAGAAGAUUGUGCUGAAGCUGCAGUGCCAGAGCUGCAAGCACUACUCUCAGCACCCGAUCAAGAGGUGCAAGCACUUUGAGAUCGGUGGUGACAAGAAGGGCAAGGGAACCUCUCUCUUCUAAGCUAAUGAUAAACUUGUUCGUCACCCCCAAGUUGUCUGCCAGAAUUUACCAUUAGGAGUGUUUUAUGUUAUCCUUAUAGUGAGAUACAUCAGAUGAGAACCCAUUGGAGGGGGGCAAGAUAUAUCUUGUGCUUCGUAUCUGCAUCAGCUUAUUUUGUCAGAUAAUUUGGUACGAUAUAGUUUGUUCAAGACCUUGAUGAAUAUGCUUUUUAUGUUCAAGCUCUGUAUCUUUUGCCACAACUUCUCAGCCAGAAUUGGUCGGGUUCUCUUGCCGUGGUCAGGCUGAUCAAUUGUGGACGGUAGAGGCUUAUUCCGGCAAAAGAAUGAUUUAAUUUCUCAAAGUACCCUUUUGAGAGUGCUGCUCUGGUGGGUAGUUGUGUAAUUUUGCCGGUAAUGGUGGAGUGAUGUCAUUUU